GAAAACUCGGACCUGAUAUUCGAGUACCUAGACCAAACAAAUUUAAAAUCAAAUGACAACCAUCUGAGGAAAGGAAGCCCAGAAGACGAACCCAUAGAGUCGGAAUAUUGGCUUGCCCAUACCGUGGGAAGGCUGAAAAGAAGCAUCAGCAACUAUUUUAAGCCCAAUGAAGAUGUACCCAAGAAAGCCAAAAUCAGCAAGGUGGAAAAUGUACAAACUGCAAAGAAAAAAAGGCAACUUGAUCAGCAAGAAGAACUGGAUGAUGAUGAAGAUGAGGAAUUGGAUUUAGCGGAGGCGAAUGAAGAUGAAGAUGAUAACUUCAGUUCUGGUGAAUCUGGAGAUGGCGAAGAUGCAUGGGCUUAUUACCCAGGACCUGUUCAACCAUCAGAACGUUAUCGUAUCACUCUCACUAUAAACGAGCCCUACGAAACUUACGCAGACGUCAAUUCCGUGGAAUAUAAAAAGUUUGCUGAAGAUUUGGCAGAAUUCUUUAACGAUUUGUAUGAACCUCUUGAAGGAGAGCAAAAAGCCAAUGUUAUAAAUGUCAGGAGCGACUCGUCGGAUCCCAUGAAGUUGAUCGUUGAAGUUGAACUUGAGACCAAAGAUUUUUACGAGGAAGAUAAAAUUAAAGAUGUGCUUGAAACCGCUUUGAAUAAUCACCGGAUCGGAAACUACGUUUCUGGAAAAGAUUACAAGAUCAUCAAGGAGAUGGGGGGUAGCAAAUGUCAAGCGGGAGACUAUCAGUGUACGAAUGGGGAAUGUAUUUCCAGUAAUAGUAGAUGCGAUGGUAAUAAUGAUUGUAGCGAUUCUAGUGAUGAACUAGGAUGUUCAGACUCAACUGUAGAACCCCGACUAUUAACUGAAGUAGAUAUUACCACAACACCUGCCUACAAUGGCGACGAUUCCGCCGAACCAAAAUCAUCCAAUUGCACAUUAGUCUCGUGUGAAGACAACUCGCGAGUAAUCUGCAGAAACCAGCAAUGCGACAAAAAAAGCGACUGCGACGAUGGUAGCGACGAAAAAGACUGCGGUUAUAGCUGUCGAGGUGACGACGUCAUGAAAUGUGAAAACGGUCAGGAAAUUUGCGAGGUCUACAAAUGCGACGGAACCGAGCACUGCAAGGAUGGCAGUGACGAAAUAAACUGCCCCACAUCAACACCACCAACACCUACAACAACUGAAAUAAUUGUAUGCGAACUUGGUGAGUUUGUUUGCGACAUACGACGUUGCCUUCCUGACUAUCAGGUCUGUGAUGGUGUGGAACAGUGCUCUGACAAAAGAGAUGAGCUUCACUGUUGCAAACCACCCAAUUUCCAAUGUGACAACAACAGUAAAUGUCUUUCAAUCGACACCAAAUGUAAUAGAGUUGCAGAUUGCCAGGAUGGUACAGAUGAAAACAACUGUGAACCACAGAACGUGGUGUUGUCUAUAGGCAACCCAGAUUACACGGUCUUGGAAUUUACAAUUACAAUUCAUAGGUAA